UAUUGGUUCAUGCAGGAAUUGCGGCUCAUUGUUUCUGUUGUCAUUAUACGCAGCUAUUUAUCUGAAAUCAAGAUAUUGUCAUGAAUCUUGCAUGCUACAAUAACUUAGAAAGCUGACGUAAAAUAGUCAAAAGGCGAGAAAAAUCACGAUUAACCCGAUAUGCAAUUGGAUAAAUGGCUAACGGUGGUAAGAUUAUUGGAUCUAGGAUAAUUACGCAGUUUGAGUUCGAAUGCGUAUUUUAGAACUAUUAUCAAAACAUCGCACUAAUAUAUUUUGUAGUGAUAUUAUAAACGAAUCUGAAAGGAUCGUGGCUGGGUAUUAAAAUGGUGAACGAUGAAUGUAAAACACUUUUGGAUGCCCUAAACAAAGUGUCAGCUUGCUAUCGGCAUUUGGUUAUCUGUGCCGGUGGGACAUCCGAUUCGCAAAAUUUACGAGAAGAAUUAAAGAAAACCAGACGAAAAGCACAGGUGCUUGCAGUUGCUAACAGAAACAAGCUAAUAACUGUUUUAAAGGACAAAAGUAUAAGCAAAAAUGAUCGGGCUGAAUUCGAACGGCUCUGGGUGCUGUUUUCAACGUGUAUGGAAGUCUUAGAAGUCGACAUGAGAAGGGCUUUGGAACUGGGUCAAGAGUUUCCACUGAAUGUUCCCACAAAACAUCUGAUUCAAACGGGGAUGAUUGGCGGGACAUCUGCUGUAGCCGCCCGUGCUAUGAAUAUUCAGAACAUGAACUACGAAGAGGGAAACAACAUAGACACAGUCGAUCUAAACGAUCUGGAGCAAGAGAUCUAUGAAGUCGGGGAAAUGAUACACGAAAUGGAGAUGAAAGUGAACGUCCUUCAGUGGACAGUGGAAGCAAAGCAAGGCCCCGGUUCUGAACUGAAAUCAACCGCUAGUGCUGGUGUAUCAUCACUAGCUGUCAUGUCCGUGAGCGGAGAUGGCGAUAAACUAUGCGACACCAGUAAGGUCUUUGCCGGAGCGAUGUUCAGCGCUGUAUUAAUAAUUGCCAUUGUUUUAGCUGUUUGUAUUGUAAAAUUUGCUUAACAUUACUGUGUUCAUUUCUAUUUUGUGUAGGAGGAACUUAAUUUGGACUCUUUUGACCAUGUGAGGUACGAUUUGCCUGUGGGAGAAAUAGUGUUACAAAAAGUGUGUACGUCGCUGCUGUUAAUGCUACAGAGAAUAGCAUAACGUAAAUUUUCGUGUAUAUCAUCUAACAUGAAUUGUGGCAAUACUUAAUGUUAUUAACAUUCAGUAGCAAACGCCACGUUUCAUUGUACCUACCCUUAGAGUCGAGUGUUGUUAUAAUAAAUAUUUAUUUUGAUAAAAUAGCCACUUACGACAGGUUAAAAAUUCGUUCCCUUCAGCUCAGUAUUUGCAAAAUGUCUUUGGUCCUGGUCACUUGGCGUGAUUUGUUCUAUGUGUAUAUGGUAGCGCAAAGAAUUUAAAAACGAACUUCACUUGCUGUAGCUAAUAGAUCAGAAACUGUCUCGACUUGUAGUCAAAGACAUAACACAUAAUUGUUUGGCAAAAGUAACGUAUUUUUCCUUAAAGAUGUUUUCAACAAGCAGGGUAUUUUGUAGAUUUUUCAAUGUACAAACUUAUUUUAAAGUGAAGUUUAUAUGAGAUUUCCAUUGAGGAGACCAGCAUUGUCUGCUGAUUUAUCAUGGAAAAUUGGGAAGAAAAAUAACCACGGAAUGGAAAGCUAACUGUUAGAGAGCGGUUGGGAUAAAAUUAACAUUUUAUGUGAUCAAGUAAGCACAAAGCAAAAGGAACCCGUCAAAGUGAGAAUGGGAAGAGACUCAUGGAACGUACCCGUUGGCUACGCCAUAAACAUUUUUAAACCCCGGUGAAUGGGAAAUAUAGUGGUUAUCUAGAUAAAUAUUAAUUUAGGAGCAACGGAUCGCUUCUAGGUUUGGACAUUCUCUUAAAAAGAUCUGAAGACAAAUACAAUAGCACAUUUAAUUUGCAAGAAUAAAAUUGUGAGCUAUUCAAUAUUAUUUCCUAUAUGUUGUUCCUUUUAUUUUAAAUAAAGUACAACCUA